CGCCCCCCUGCUCCCCUGCCCCCUGGCUUCAUGUUGCUUAGCCCCUUGCUGCUUAUGCGCAUGUGCCCUGUCCCGAGAUCUGUGUCUUCCCUCCUCCGUUUCCUCCCUGAUCUUCAUACCUACAACGUACAACGUACCUACCUAGCACUUGUUCAUGGCAGCUCCGACCCACAACCACAACCACAACCACUCCCCGUAUCCCCGAUCGCCAAACCCGUCGACGCGGUCGUACGACUCUUCGUCUGUCUCUUCUUCUGCGACGUCGCCCAAGCCCACAAGCCAGUACUUGGCUAGAGGCGUGAUGAACGCGGGCCCCAGGACCACGGCGGCGCCGCCCCCUCAAAACAUCGGCAUUCCACCGCGCCACCCCAUGAACCAGACCCCCUUCCAGCCAUACACGCCUGUCACCACUGGUCCCCCGCCCACGGGCCGGGAAUCGCUCGUCGACUCGGUUGCCGCCACACCCGGGCCCUCGAACGCGACGCUGCCGUCCAUGUCCCAGGCCCAGAAGCGCGCCUACCGACAGAGGAGGAAGGACCCGAGCUGCGAUGCCUGUCGGGAGAGGAAGGUGAAAUGCGACGCCACCGAGACGACCAGCUGCUCCGAGUGCUCGAGCCGGAACGUCAAGUGCCAGUUCACCAAGGAGACGAACCGACGCAUGUCGUCCAUCAAACAGGUACAGGACCUGGAGAAGCAGAUGGAGCGCCUGAAGAGGAACAACAGCAGCCUCCGGCGCAUGCUGCAAGAGCGAGACGGGACGAUGGACGUCGAUGCCGCCGCCGACAUGAUGCUCGACCAGCUACCCCUACCCCUACCCCCCCAGCUGCCCGAGAUGGGCGCCAACCCGAAACGCAAGAAACGCCCGCCGCCCAUCCACGACCUACCCAAGGCCCGGUCCGACCUGCGCACCUUCUCGAGGGGCAUAUGGAAGUCGCCCGUCCAGCACCGGGACCCGGGACCGCCACCCGGCCCCCUCUUUGACCCGGCGCGACCCGAGCUGCCUCCGAGGCAGACGGCCGACCAGUUGCUGCACGCAUACUACGGCUCGGCGCAUACCAUGUUCCCCAUUCUCCACUGGCCGACCUUCUCGGCCGGCGUCGACGACGUGUACCGGCCGGGACACGCCAGGUCGGCCCGGCCCGCCUGGCUCUCCACAUUCUUCGCCGCCUUGGCCCUCGGGAGCCUCUUCAGCACGGACCCUCACCGUGUAUACCGCGCCGCCGAGCUGCUGGAGGCGGCGCGGAGCAUGGUCGACCCUUGGAACAACGACUACGUCCUGGAGAACGCCCGGUCGCUCCUCCUCAUUACCGUGUGCCUCAACGAGAUGAAUCUCAAGUCGGCAGCGUGGACGUGGCUGGGCAGCGCCGUCCGCGUGGGUCAGGAUCUCGAGCUCUACUCCGAAUCGGGGCCCUGGCCCGUCAUCGAGGGCGAGAUGCGACGGAGAGUCUGGUGGACGACGUAUAUUCUAGACCGGUCUCUUGCGCUGGAGCUGGGGAAGCCCGUCAUGAUCGACGAUGACGACUGCGACGUUUCCCUCCCGGCCGGCGUCGACGACCAUUACAUCCACGAGGGGGGGAUUGUGGUACCACCGGGCCGGGAGCCGCUGAACCACUCCCUGUUGGCCAUCAUCAACGUUGUCCGGUCUUACUCGGCGCUCAUCAAGACCGUUGCGGCGCCCAUGGUGGCGCCCGCACGACUGGCCACCUUCGACCAACACCUCGCCACCUGCUGCCGGGGCUUCCCCCCGGCCUGCGACGCCGCGAGUUCCGCCCCCCUGUCCCCGCACCUACUCGCGCCUUAUACCUACGUCCUCCACGCCCGGCUGGUGCUUCACCGGCACAACCUCGCCCCGUCGUGUCCUCCCGAAGCGCGCAUGACGGCCAUUGAGCAGUGCACGCACACGGCGCUGGAGACGGCGUCCCUGGUCUCCCGGACGACGGGUGCCCUGGCCGAUGGGGCGACGGCGCUCUUGACCGCUCAUAUAUUCCGCUGCGCCUUGUUCCUGCUCCUGACCGGUCACUGGGACCACGCCGUCACCUGCGUCCGGGCCCUUGCCUCCAUCGACACGAGACGGGACGUCGCCGUCCCCUGCGGCCGGUUCCUCGCCUUCUUCGUCGCGGCCCUCGGUUCCAAGCGCGCCGAAUACGCCUCCCUCGUAGCAGCUCGCGCCACGCCGCCGACGAAGCCGUCCUUUGGCGGCGCACCGCUCCCGCAAGCCGGACCCCGGGCCCUCCAAGACGCGCUCCUGCGCGACGAGGAACUCCUCGCCCAUGUCAGCGCAGACCUCCAGGCGGUGCCGCAUUGCGCCUGGGUCUGGGCCGGAGGCGAGCGCGAUGCCGUCCUGUCCCCGUCCUCGCCGGGCUCUGCUUCGAACUCGACGCCCGGAGGCGUGGGGGGCGGUCUCUUCAGUAUCCAGCAGAGGACGGGACUCACGGCGGAGGAGAACCGGGACUGGGGAGGCUGGGAACGGCUGGAUGCUGCGGUCAGGGGGUUCGCUUCUGGUAAUACGACGCCGACUCCUUCGACGUCGACAGCUACGGCGGCACCGACGGCACCGACGACGACGGCGAUCACGACGUGGAACCCGUCUGGUGGGCCGGCUGUUGUCAAGGUCGAGGCCGGAACGGGAAUAGGGGUCGCACUACCGCCACCACCACUGCCGCCGUCUCAUCCCACUACGUCGAGCGGCCCCAGCUUGACUAAUGCGCCGGCCAAUACGGCGAACAGCCCUACGGCGAGGAGCGCGUCCCGGCCUCAGGAUCGGCUGAGCAUUGCCAACAUCAUUUGA